GUUUCAUUAUUUCCGGGUUCUGGAGCUCGGAGGGUGCUGAUUCACAUAGACGAAGAAGACGAGGUUUUGUGUUUAUGAAAUAAAAACAUGCUGCCAUUAUAAACCGUGGACACAUUGUUUUCUAGCAGGCUAACAUGGUCCCCACAGACUUUAAAAGCCUGAUCCAGAGGUUUUAUCAUCUGCAGUCGGAGCGGGUGGAGACAUAUCGCCUCUUUGAAGAGGGACACGAGGCCUAUUUGAGGACAGGGCCUCACUAUGACUUCGACCACUACAGACAGCUGGUCCAUGAGAUAACACAGGCCUUCUGCGGCAUCUCCAAAGAAGUGCUCGAGAUCAAGGGCAAGCUGCGCAAUGAGUUCGACAGACCAGACCUUUCUGAGCACAUUGAAAAGCUGCAGAGCAAAGAGAAGGAGAAACUUGACCUGACAGCCAAGCUGCAGCUGGCCAGGCAACGGGCCCAGGAUCACCCGGAGGACGAAGGCUGUCAAGAAACGAUUCAGGAGAUCAAGCACGAGAUCAUCAAGAACAAAGAAGCUUUGAGUGAGAUCAUGCAGGACUUUAAGUAUGAUUCAGAGGAGUGUGAUUGACGGCUGACUCCCCGAAGGCCUGAACCCGCCCGCUCACAUCAGCAGCGCUGACAGGUCGACUCUGCUCUGCUGCAACUUCCAUCUUCGACUCUUGCGCUUAUUGAUCCCCCUCUGGCUCCACCCUGCUCACUGCUGCAGUCUUAUUCCGCCCCAGGGGGCUCUUUACAUUCGGGCUCUUUGUGUCAUGAGUUUGUGUUAAUGCAUGGCUCAGCAACCAAAAUGUUUGUAAUGUGAUUAAGUAUGUAAAUAAAAUGCUCAGUAAGUGUUAGAAAUAAUUCUAACAAGCGUAUCCAGCUAUCUUUGUUUACUUGAUGAAUUGUAUUUUUUAAAUAAUAAAGACACUUGACAAGACAA